AUGGCUUCCAAAUCAUGGCCUGUUUUGGUCAUCUGGCUCGCCUUUCUAUUCUAUCCGGCGAUCGGCCAAGCACCGGCUCAGCCACCGAGCUUGCCGACCACAUCGUCACCGCCAUCGACUCUAGCACCAACCGUAGCCACUCCGCCACCCUUGAGCUCGACACCACCCCCUAAUGUUGUUGCACCAUCUACAAGCCCGACGGUCCCACCACCCCAACCACCGCAAAUUACGCCCGUCUCGACUCCAUCGCUACCUCCGACAUUGCCACCUCCACCAGCUACUCCUCCGCCAUUGCCACCUCCUCCCCAGGUCUCUCCAACUCCGGCACAGGCACCGUCGGUGCCUGCUCCCACACUAGCGCCAUUGCCGAAUCCACCAGCACCAUUGCCUCCACCGCCAACGCCAGCACCAGUUGCGGCACCGGUGCUAGUCCCGUCGCCUGCACCGGCUCCAGGAAAGCAUAGGCACAAGAGGCACCACAAACAUAAAAAACAUCCAGCCCCGGCCCCGGCCCCAACCAUGCCAAGUCCACCGGCACCACCUACAGUUGUGGAUUCACAGGAUAGUACAGCUCCGGCCCCAUCACCAAAUCUGAAUGGAGGAGACCCAAUGGAAGGCAAGGUGAGAACAUGGACGAGAGUUGUAUUGGGAUUCAUUAUUCUGGUUGCUACCACAAGCCUCAAUUUCUAGUUUUGAAGGCACGAUUAUUCACAAAAUUAUAGAGUUUGGCCCAGAAACUGAGAUAUUUUAUUUUUCAUAUAUAUCAUUUUUUUAAAUGAUUGAUG